UGAUGUAAGUGACAUGCUUUUAGCUAUUAAGGAAGAGAGCUAGACACAAAGGAUGUGUCAAAUACGGUUUAGAUGAUACAUGUUCAAGGUAAUAAGAAGAAACCCUCUGUCGAACUAGCAACCAUUUUUAGAGUUUUGCUUAAAAGAUGGAUGUGUUGGUGAUGUUGUCGAGGAGUGUCAGGAAAUGCUUAGUGAUAGCAUUUUGUUAUACUCCUCGACAAUGUCACCGACCCCUCUUAAAAAUUCCAUCAAAACUCUCACACCGGUUGCUUCUUCAACAGAGGGUUUUUUUUUGUUACCUGAACCUGUAUCAUCUCAACUUUUUUGACUGACCGUGUAUUGUUAUUACAUCAAGAUUCAAUUAAGAUUAAUUUCUUAAUUAAAGUUGAUCGGAAUCACUUUUCAUCACCACAUAUCAUCUCAUUUUUAUGUCAUUCGUUAAUUUAUCAACGCCGGAAACAUUUCAUAUUGACGUUACAAUCAUUGAUCUAAUAUACACGAUAUCGACAUCCAACAAAACGUUUGACGUUAGGAUUGAAACGGCUAACGAGAUGGAACAGGCUGCUAUCACGCUUCUAAAUAAUGUUGAUCUUAAUGUUGAUGAUUACACUAUCAGAAUCCGUAUUGUUCGGCUAUGGACAAGACCUUCUUUCAACAAUCCUAGGAAGGUUUAUUGCUACGACAUGAUAUUCAUGGACCAGGAGGGCACCAAAAUGCAGGCUUUCGUUUUACAAAAAAACACUACUGCUUACGAGCAUUUGCUGAAAGAAAAUCAGUGUUUAACUAUUCGUAAUCCUUCUCUUGGAGAAAACCGUCAGAAAGUGAAAUACGUUCAUAGUUCGUUCAAGAUAAAUCUAAAUGAGACCACCAUUGUCGAGGAAUCUGCCGAACCUGUUGGUGCUGAAUGGGGAUUUGAUUUUUCUCCAUUUGAGUCUGUUGUUGAAGACCCUGAUGAUGACGGCAAGUCAUUCAAAAGCCCUAUUGACGUUAUCGGUUUUGUGGUUAAGUGUCUUCCGUCAGAGGAGAAGACUGAAAAUAAUAACGGGAAAGAUGAGAAGAAGGCUACCUUUAUUCUGGAGGAUUUGCAACACCAGCAGAUUUACGUUACUCUAUGGGGGGUUUAUGCUGAUCAGAUUAUUGAAUUUCAAAGAAAACAUAAGGAUGAAAAAAAUGUUGUUGUGGUUGUUCAGUUUGGCAAGUACCGUUUUUGGGGAGGAAAUUUGUUUGUAUCCAAUUUGUAUACUGUAACUCGAGUGUUCAUAAACACUGAAAUUCCCGAGAUUUUGGAAUUUAAGAGAAGUUUCCUUGCUCAGCUUAAUACGUCAACGUCUUCCGGUUACUCUGGUUUGAGUUCCCCUGUUAUGAAGUCAAUGGCUGAGGAGUAUCUUUCUGGUAUUUCCUUCAGUACAAUUGGAGCAUUAAGCGGAAUAUCAGAAGAAAAGUUUGUUAUUAUACUGGGAACAAUUAAAAGCUUUGCUUCAGAAGACUCAUGGUUUUACAAUGCAUGUAAAACUUGCAACAAAAAGGUUUUUACCAACACUAUUUCCAAGGCCAAGGAAGAUGGUAGCGAAGGAUAUGAUGAAGUAACUGUCUUGGAAUGCCAAACUGAUUCUUGCAAUAAAAGGACUGUUGUCUCUGUUCCCAGGAUAAAACUUCUUAUUCGUGUUCAGGAUUGUACCGGGAUUGUUACUUUGACGUUGUUUGAACAUGAAGUUGUUAAACUCCUAAAUGUUAACGCAAACCAACUUUUGGAUAAUAACAUGGAGCAAGCGAAGGCAACUUUCCGAGUGAGCUGAAGGCAUUGAUAAACAAGAGGUUUGCAUUUAAGAUAGCCAUAGGUUCGUUUAAUAUAAAAAAGAAAUCAGAUGGCUACUCUGUUUCCAAGUUGACUGAAAAUCCUUCUAUCAUCAAAGAGCUUGAUACUCAUUUUGAUGUUUACCAGGCUGCUGAUGAAGAACCUUUAGAUCCUGUUGCUUCUGAUCCAAAUCCAAUUGUUAACGUUAACAUCCGGGAUUCUGUUUCCCGUGUCGUUGAUGAAGACACUCCCAUGUCCAAUUUGAACAACAGCAUCUUUUGUCACACCCCCAAAAUCCACCUGCGGAUAACACCCGCUUCGAGGGCGUGACUGACCAGGAUCCAGCCACCAAUUAUACUGAGCAUUGAAUUAAUAGUAGUAAUACUUAAUAUCCAAAGUAGUUAGCAACAUCUUAGUUUAAGUUCGAUAUUUAGUUUAACAAAACAGCGGAAGCAUAAACCAAGUAGUUCAAAAGAUAGUUCUUAGUUC